UCCAGGGCACAGUGGGGGAUGUUUAUAACCUAUGUGUGCUCAUUCUCUGGGUCUCUGGUGUCACAAAAACAGCUUGUUUGUUUGCUGUUACAGUAAAGGGAGAAGGAACCUUUUUAACUUCCACCCCACACCCCAAAGAAACCAUCCAUGGAGCAGACCUGCUGCAGUGGAAGUAGGCGGGGGGAAUGUGUUCUCCAGUGGGGCAGGAGCAGAGCUGGGGAAGUCUUUUGAAACACAAUGGACCAAAUUUCAUGCUGAUGUAACUCCCCUGGAGCCAAUGGUUCUCCGGGAAACUCCGAGCAUGAAGCUUCUCAUUGCUGUCCUGUCCCUGGCUGUGCUAGGCUCCCAGGCCUCUCCCCUCAGCAAGAAACCCAGGCCAAAGUUGGACCAGAUCACAGAUGCCAUCCCACGCUACCUGGAGCAACUUAUCACAACAAUCGUGGAGCUGAUCCAGAAAUCCGAACUGGGCCAGGAGAUCGAGCAGUGGAGGCUCGCUAGGAAAAUUGAGAACAUCUUUGAUGAUCUAGAACAUAAGGUGCCCCCCAAGGCCCAGGAGCAGCUGAUGAACCUGAGCAGGCAGGUAGACGUGCUGGUGGAGGCAAGUGUGGCAGAGCUGCGGGAACUGGUGAGGAAGCUGCAGCCCUACAAGAAGCAGCUGCAUGCUGUCCUGGUGUCCUACACUGAGGGGCUGCUGGAGAGGGCAGAGCAGUACAGCAAGACCCUGCUUGUUCGCCAGGCAUACAGCUUCAUCCUGUCUAGGGUGGAGCUACAGGAGAAGCUGGGCUCCUAUGUCCAGGAGCUGGGGCUGCAGGAGUUCCAGCAUGGCCUGGCAGCCUACGCCAGGGACCUGUACCAGAAGCUCAGCCCCUAUGCUGAGGACUUGCAUGGCUGGCUGAACUCCCACUGGGACGCCUUCAUGCAAUGUUUCAGUGAGGAGACCAGUGGAGGUGCAGCAUCAUAGGCCCUGUCCAUACCUGGAACCCAAGGCUGUAAGGCACCCCACAGCAGGCUCCCUGCCCCAUACAGCUAUCCGUCACCCAAUAAACCAGCUGCUUGA